CAACAAUUCUCUGUGAGCAGCUCAAAAGGACAAAUAAGGAUGCAGAAGAUCAUCCAGAAUUGGAUCCCCAUCAGUGUGUUGAGAUGGAAAGGUGUGAAAGUGAAGAGCUUGAUGUUGAAAUAAGGAAUCUGAUAGAGAAGACCUCUGAGAACCCCAAACCUAUUGCCCAAGAGAGUCCAAACCCUCAGAGAACUUUGUGUUCCCUUAAGACUUGUAGGGAAACAAAGGCUCGAGGCCAUCUUGAAUGCACAUGGGCAGGUGUGAGUGACAUGGAAGCCACCGCAGACCCACCAGAAUCAAGGCAUGGAUUACUGACCAAAAAGACCGUAUCGGCCAAUUCUCUGCAACAACAGAUCCUCUCACUGGAAAGACAGAGACGAGAGCUUCUGGAGGUGAACAAACAAUGGGAUCAUCAUUUUAGAAAUAUGAAACAGCUUUAUGAAAAACAGCUGGCAGAAAUGAAAGCAAAACUGGAUGUAGCAGAGAGGAGACUCGGUGAGCUGGAGGAGAAAAGACAUCAACAGCAUCCAGAAGAUGAGAGGUUGCGAGCCCUGGGUGGAGAGAGGCUGUUGCAGGAAACGAAAGAAGCAAAGGUCCUUAGUGAAGCUCUCCAUGAAAUGAAGGAAGAGAACAAACUCCUGAAGCAGAAGAAUGCCUCAAUGAUCAGAAAGAAAGAACACUAUGAGUGUGAAAUAAGUCGUCUCAAUAAGGCCCUUCUGGAUGUGUUGAAAAAGCAACACUCACCUGUUCUUGAGAAUCCUUCGGAGAAGUGUGACAGGAACAACCUCGAAGAUAUGAGAACCCAACUUGAAGUUCUCAGACAGCAGGUACAAAUAUAUGAAGAAGACUUCAGAAAGGAGAGAUCUGACAGAGAAAGGCUUAAUGAAGAGAAAGAAGCAUUGCAGAAAAUUAAUGAGAGAUUACAGUCUCAACUGAGUAAACUAAACUCUCAGACAAAAGAGAUCCCAGUACAGUCUGAGAGGCCCAGCUACCCACCUCCACUCUUGCUCUCACCAUGUGUUAAUUAUGGGGGCUGUGGAUUGGUUCUUCACUAUCAAGAUCCCCGAAUACCUCCAGCGACUCGCAGGGCAUGUGAGCAGCAACACCACUCACCAGACUAUCAGUGGUAUGUUCCUGACCAGUUUCCGCCAGAUGUGCAGCACAAGGCAAAUGAUUCAUCCUUGGAGAAGAGAGCGCAUCGCUGACAGCCUAUGACCUGGAGAAGUGUAGACCAAAGGCUGCAAGCUAGUCUUGCAACUUCAUUAUUCUGUUUUGUUCUGGGUUUGGAUUUUUUGCCCCUAGCUCCUUAUCUCUUCAAUGCAUGUUAUUUGUGCCUGGUGAAAUUCCUGUGAGGACAAUAGAAAAGCAGAUCAUACAGGCUAGUGAUCCUCAAAAUCCAGUUAGGCUCUGCUGGGAAGCAUUAU